AUGCUCGCCAACUCCCUCUUCUUCCUUGCCUCAGCCGCUCUGGCUCUGGCUAACCCUGUUCGGUAUCGUCCUGGCUCCAGCUGCACUACCUCGCGGCCUGAACCAGUUCUUCCUCAGACCGGUGCUGAAGAGCUUCAGUCUCCUCCUCAAGGUGCUACCCUCAAGCACAUCGCCCUUGGCUUCGGUAUCCAGAACUACACCUGCAAGGGAGAUGGCGCCGACGCCACUGCCGCCGGUGCUCUCGCCAUGCUCUACGAUGUAACUCACCUCUACCCCGGCCAGAGCCGUGUCUCCCUCUCUCAGGAGAAGUGGGCAGCUCUCACUGCCACUGCUCUCUCCAGUCACGAAAUCCCCCUCAACCUGAACACUUACGGCAUUGGAGCCUCCUCCACCAACCCCUUCCCUCAGGACGCCCCCCUUGAGCUCGACGGCUACAGGAAGAUCCCCUUCGCCGGCCACCACUACUUCAACGCCAACGGUGUCCCCACCUUUGACCUCACCAAGGCCCAGCAGCUGCUCUUUGGCAAGAAGGUCGCCGGUGUCAAGGCCCCUACCUCUGCCAGCGCUGGUCCUGAUGGUACUGGCGCCGUUGACUGGCUCUACCUCGGUGAUGCUGGUGGCAGCUACGGCGUCACCUCCGUCUACCGCGUCUUCACCGCCGGCGGCAACUCCCACGGCUGCAAGAGCGCCGGCACCGAUAGCACCUCGUACACUGCCAUGUACUGGUUCUACGGCUAA